GGAAAUGGAACGUCAAUAAUCGCAAAAAAUGGCCAUUUUGAUAAUUUUCUAUAAUGAAUAAAAUAUUAAAAAAUAAUGAUCUUUUCCUAGAUAUUUUAUAUAAUUAUAAGUAUUACGUCUAAAAUAGUCUCCGUUAUAGUUGUGAACAUGUUUUAGUUGUUAAGGUUGAUAAACUUUGUUGUUGUGAAUGUUAGAAACGAUUUUGUGUAGAAGAUAAGCGUGUCAUACACUUAAAAUGUCUACAAAAGAAAGUUUGGAAUUAAAAGCAAACAUCGAAGUCAAACCCGACCGAAAAGAUCCAACAUCAUUCCUGCCAGAGGAACCAAUGUGCUAUGAAAUCAAAAAGAAAAAAAAGAAGAAAAAGAAAAAACAAGAGGAUGAUCCAUUCAAGGAUAUUGAAGAAAAAGCUCUGUUUACGGAGAGGAUCAUUUUACCUGAAAUUGAAAGUAGUUUAGAUCCAGAAGUUUCGAUUAAAGUAGAAAACAUUGAGGUUGAGUUGGAUUUUAAUGAUUUUACAAAUAAUGGUGAUUUGCUCGUUCAGCCACAAAGUGAUGACAGUCAGGAACCGCAAGUAAAAAUCGAACCACAAAACCAUGAAGCAGUUCUACUAACCUUUGAAAGUAUUAUCAAUGACAAACCAGUCAUAGAAAUCAACAAAAAUAUUGUCGAGUCAUCAGCCAGCCAUAUGUGCAAAAUCUGCCAUCUAGUCUUUCAAAGUAACAAAACAUUGCUUAUGCAUCAGAAGAGAAAGCACAAAAUCUUUCGAAGAUCUUUUAUCCAUGUAUGUGAUACUUGUGGAAUGUCGUACGAUCAAAAGAACAGUUUAGCUGCUCAUAUUAAAAGAAAGCAUGGUCCAGAUGCCAAUGAAGAUAACGAAGAAAGGGUCUGUGAGGUUUGUGCGUUGGUCUUCAAAGGUAUGACGCGACUUAGGAUGCAUAUGAGAAGGAAGCAUGGUGCUUUUGAGGACUCCUUCAAACAUGUUUGUGAAGACUGUGGCUUAGCUUAUGACAAGUACAGAAGUCUUAUAGUUCAUAGGCAAAGGAAGCAUUUGGUGGUGAAAAAACCGGUUUUAGACCAAUGGUUCAGCUGUCCAUUUUGCCCGAAAAUAUUUAAUAAGAGAGAGACGUACGCGAGACAUGUCCAAAGAAAACAUAAAAUCAGUGAUGAUGCUGUACCACAGAGCACUGAUGAAUUCUUCUCUAGCUUCAAGAAUGAAGCUGGAGAAAUAACCUGUAAGCAAUGCCCUCUAGUCUUUUCGUCUAUAAACUUCCUAAAACUACACAUGAGACGGAAACAUAAUGCUUUAAAAGAGGACUUCAGGUUGAAAUGUCGCAUUUGCAAUCUAUCGUAUGACAAAAUAGAAAGCCUCAAACGGCAUGUUAGAAGAAAACACGAUCAGGGAUCAUACUGCAACGUGUGCAAUAAGCAGUUUGGUGACAGGGAGCUGUACUUAAAUCAUUCCCACGUGAAAAUAAUUAAAGAAUGCUCCAUUUGUGGGCUGAUUUUCUCAACGCAAGGUGGCUUGGCGAAGCACUUGCGAGGUACGCACAAAAUAGAGAGCCCUAAAGUAGCAUUUUGCAAUAUUUGCAAUGAAGGAUUCUAUGACAAACGUCAGUUAAAACCGCAUUUAUUAAGAGUUCACUAUAAAGUGUCGUAUACCUGUAGAUAUUGCAAGAAGGUUUUCAAAGCUAAAGAGAGUUACAGAAGGCAUGUUUUAUUUAAGCAUCCAUCCAAACCAAACUUGCCCGUUGAGCUGCAGACAUGUGAUCAAUGUUCGGAGACUUUUAAAGAUGAAUUUGAACUCUGCAAACAUGUUAAUGUGGUGCAUAGAGAUUUGAAAAUAAAACCUUUAGUAAAAGUUGAAGAAGAUGAUAACCAAUUCCAAUGUACGAAGUGCAAAGAAAUGUACCCUACUUGGGAUCAAUUAAGGUCCCAUUACGAACAAAAUCACUUCACUCAGACAACGUCUCAAUGCCAGAUUUGUGGGGAAAUAUUCCCUGAGAACGAAUUACAGAAGCAUAUAAAACAAAGUCACACAAAGAAUGAAGAGCUCCAGUGUAGAUUUUGUGAAUUUAGAACAAAUGUGAAAGUCAGUAUGACACAACAUAUGCUUAGGCAUAAGGAUGCUACAACAUUACACUGUGAUUUCCCAGGUUGUCGGUAUAAAACCUUUUAUGUUAGUGCCAUAGAGAAACAUAAGAGGAAACAUUUAGACCAGGGUGUUAGACUGCAUUGUAGCCAAUGUAUGUUUCAAACUAUGAAUAAAUAUAUAUUGAAAUAUCACGAGGAAGCUCAUAUGACGGGCAAAAAGCGUUAUGUCUGUGAUCAAUGUGACUAUGCGACUACUCUACCCGCAAAUUUAGUUCAGCACAAAUAUAAGCAUUCGUCAGAAAAACGAUUUAAAUGUGAAGUGUGUCCGUUCGCCACGAAAUAUAACACGUCUUUACGUUUCCACGUCAAAAAGAAACACUGUGAUUUACCAACAUAAUUAGUUUUGUCGUUUAUUAAAAAUAUUUGGUGUUA